CCCAGCAUGUCAUCUGCAUGUUGUCAUUCAUGGGUGUAACCGCAGACCAUCGGUCCUAAAAAACCUGAGAAGAGUUCAUUGUUCGCUCGUUGAGGGAAAGGAAAUCUUCUGUCAUUCAUUUUAAUAUGUCUUUCAUACCGGGACAGCCUGUCACAGCUGUAGUGCAAAGGAUAGAGAUUCAAAAACUACGAGACGGUGAUAAUUUAAUAUUGGGUUUUAGCAUUGGAGGGGGAAUUGAUCAAGACCCAGGUCAAAAUCCAUUCUCAGAAGACAAGACAGACAAGGGCAUCUAUGUCACAAGGGUGUCAAAGGGAGGUCCAGCAGAGGUCGCAGGCCUCAUGAUGGGAGAUAAAAUAAUGCAGGUAAACGGCUGGGACAUGACCAUGGUGACUCAUGACCAAGCGCGUAAAAGGCUAACAAAAAAGAAUGAAGAUGUAGUCAGGCUACUGGUGACCAGAAAAUCUCUGCAGGAUGCGGUUAGACAGUCCAUGAUGCCACACUAAUAGCAAUCUCUAACACUCCAUUGAAUGUCAUUUGAUAAUCACACUACAGAAUGUCCUUUUUUAUAUACUGUAAUCCAACCAAAUGCCAAAGAACAACAGUGAGCCAUCAUCUCAAAGACAGACUGAGUAUUUGAUUUGGGGUGAUUUUUUACACCCCAUAGGGGUGAAUUUUCAAUGUUUUCAAAAAUAGUUCUGUGUGUUCAACACUAAUGCUAAACAACUACUACAUAUAGCAGCAGUGUUACAGUGACAGUGUGAGUACAGAUGAUUGUCAAUAUGUAAAUGAUGUCCUAUUCAUUCAUUGUUUGCAAGAACUAUAUGCAGCUACACUUAAAAACACUUAUCAGUCAUUGCCUUUUGUUUUGCUUUUUUUUUCCUUCUUAGAUUGAUGUUGAGUAAUGCCAAGGAACAUGUGUAUCAAUUCUACAUAAAGACCACUAAUUUCUUUCCUUUAUCAUUUUUAUACAAUGCUUAUUUUCUUAUGCAUAUACUACUUGUUUUGUUUGUUAAUUCCUAAUUAUUGCUGCCAAAUUAACAUGAUUGUUUCUCUAUAGCAGAAGAUCAUAAAAGUUUUUUUUUUUGUGACACAAAAUAUCAACACUGUAUUCCAAUGAUUUUCUACACUGUCUUUGAUAGAUUUUGGCAUGUGGCUGUGUAAAAAUAUAGCUAUUUUUUCCAAUAAAAAAAUCAUUAGUA